UUGUCACGUGUCUAAUAAUUGACUAUGCUUUCACUCUAAAUUUUUUUAUACUGACAUUGGUGACAACUUGAAAAAUCAUCCGUGCCAAUUUAAGUUGCACCAGAAUUUUACGUUAGAGCGAAGAGUUUGAGUAACAUAGAGGCAAAUAAUGUUUUUAUUUGGAUCAGUGGGGUCAACUCAACCUCUACAGUUCCUGGAAGAACAUAAUCCUCCGAUAGUCGUCAUGAUAGACUGCAUAAGUUCGCUGGCCUUUUAUUUUAGUGAAGGCAUUUAUGGGAAAGAGCAAGAGAAAGUCAUUGGAAGGCAUUGAAAUGAAAAGGCAUCCUCUCUUCACCUUCCUGUACCCAUUUAUGGUCUUUCUUUCAGUGCUAGGCCUGUCAAAUGCAGGUGACACAUUAAGUUCAGGCCAGUCCAUUAGUAAUGGAGAGAAACUAGUUUCCUCAGGCCAAAGGUUUGAGCUCGGCUUCUUCUCUCCUGGCAACUCCAAGAACAGGUUCUUGGGGAUAUGGUACAAGAUCACUCCCGAGACGGUCGUCUGGGUCGCCAACAGGAAGAGUCCGCUUGCCGAUUCAAAUGGUUCUCUCACAAUUACUAAUGAUGGAGCACUUGUUCUUCUCAACCAGUCAAAGAGUGUCGUUUGGUCUUCAAAUUCCUCGGGGACACUUACCAAUCCGGUUGCUCAGCUUUUGAACUCGGGAAAUCUUGUUCUUAGAGAGAAUAGCAGUUUGAGUUCUGAUGAAUAUUCAUGGCAGAGCUUCGAUUACCCAUCUGACACGCAAUUGGCUGGUAUGAACAUGGGGUUGAACUUAGCAACUGGUUUAGAGAGGUACCUGACUUCCUGGAGAAGCGCAGACGAUCCGUCCCCUGGAGACUAUAUGUACAGACUAAACAUUCAGGGGUUGCCACAAUGGGAAUUAGUCUCGACAGAUUCGGUAAUAAAGUUUCGGACAGGACCGUGGAAUGGAGCUCAAUUCAGUGGUGCUUCCAUGGAACCAAGUCCAGUCUCCAAGCCUGCACUAAUUUACAAUGCGAGCGAGAUAUAUGUCACGUAUGAGCCUCCAUCAAAUGGAGUCAUUACAAGAGUCAUGCUAAACCAGUCUGGAUUACUACAACGACUCGUGUAUGUGAAUUGGAGCACUGCAUGGGAUAUUAUGUACUCAAUUCCAAAUGAUUUAUGUGACAAUUAUGCGAAGUGUGGUGCCAAUGGUUUCUGCAGAAUUAACCAGGCUCCAAUAUGUGAAUGCUUACACGGGUACACACCCAAGUCGCAGGAGGAAUGGGACGUGCUUAACUGGUCUUCGGGCUGCGUGAGAAUACUACCCCUUAAUUGUUCAAUUGGAGAGGGCUUCUUGAAACUUGCUGGGGUGAAACUGCCUGACCUGAUAGAUUUCUGGUUGGACAAGAACAUGAGCCUCAAUAAAUGCAAGGCCGAGUGCUUGAAGAAUUGUUCAUGUGUAGCUUAUGCUAAUUCAGAUGUUACCGGAGGAGGUAGUGGCUGCCUAAUGUGGUUUGGUAACCUAAUCGAUAUUAGAGAAUUUCAAGAAGUUCACUACGAGCAGGAUAUAUUCAUUCGACUACCAGCAUCUGAACUAGAUGCAAUUCAAACUCCCAAAAUAAAGAAAAGAUUGAUCAUCAUAGGGAUUCCAGCCAUUUUGGGAUUUUUCAUUCUGGCCAUGGCAAUUUGGGCGAUCUACAGGAGGAGAACACUGAAGGCGAGAGGUUGGAGAACUGGAAAGGAUGACUUUGACUUGCCGUUACAUGAUUUUGCUACGAUCGCUGCUGCUACUGACAAUUUCUCUUGGAGAAAUAAGAUUGGAGAGGGCGGCUUUGGCCCUGUCUACAAGGGCAAUCUCUCAGUGGAUCAAGAAAUAGCAGUAAAGAGGCUGUCGAAGAAUUCCAGACAAGGUCUCGAAGAGUUUAUGAAUGAAGUAGUUCUGAUUGCAAAACUUCAGCACAGGAAUCUCGUAGGACUGGUGGGCUGCUGCACCGAGAGAGAGGAAAGAAUUUUGAUUUACGAAUUUAUGCCUAAUGGAAGCUUAGAUCAUUUCAUUUUUGAUAAGGAUAAAAGCUUCUCGUUGGAUUGGAAAAGAAGAUUUGACAUUGUAAUGGGAAUUGCAAGAGGACUUCUCUAUCUCCAUCAAGAUUCAAAACUUCAAAUUAUUCACAGAGACUUAAAGGCGAGCAACAUUUUGCUGGAUGCCAACCUAAAUCCUAAAAUAUCGGACUUUGGCUUGGCUAGGAUCUUCGGUGGUGAUGAAAAAGAAGCAAAAACUAGCAGAGUGAUGGGAACCUACGGCUAUAUGUCCCCAGAGUAUGCUUUUGAUGGGAAGUUUUCUGUGAAAUCCGACGUAUUUAGCUUUGGCGUGCUCUUAUUAGAAAUUGUGAGUGGCAAAAAGAAUAGAGGGUUCUGCCAUCCAAACCACCACCACAACCUUCUUGGGCACGCAUGGUUGCUUUGGACCCAAGGCAGGGCCUUGGAACUUCUCAACGAAUCAUUGUGCAACUCUGCAAUCGAGCCUCAAGUAGAAAGAUGCAUCCAUGUUGGGUUGUUGUGCGUCCAAAAGUUUCCCACAGACAGGCCGGCCAUGUCCACGGUAGCUUCCAUACUGGGAAGCGAAGGAACGGUUCUGCCUCAACCUAAGCAACCGGGUUUCUUCAUGGAAACAAGUCCGGAAAACUUGAGUUCAACUUCAACUGGGGAAGAUUUUUAUACGUACGGUGCAGUGAGCAUCACAAUGCCAGAAGCCCGGUAGACACUUCAUCAUCUAUCAUUGAGGUUUUGUACCCAAUACGAGAAAAACAUAGACCUAGUUAGCAUUUCAAUGUCCUACAAAGACAUUUCUCUAUGUCUAGAUUUUCUUCUUGGCGUAUACUUGAUAAAAGGAAAAGGCUUCUUGUUGAUACUGCUAA